AUGACUGCGCUGGCUCUCGUUAUCGAGGUGAGGCGGUGCCAGGGGUCAGAGAGGCAGCUGCCAGCUUCCUCCCACCCUCAGAAGCCCUGAGUGAUCAGGGCAAGCGGAGGAGCUGGGGAAAGGGUUUCUCGCAAGGAUGGCCCUGGGCCCAGGGCAAGUCGGGGGGCUUCACUGAGUCGUUUCUCGCCUCCUCUCAGGCUGCCUCUUGGCGUCUCUGUGGGAGGGGGUCCCAUCAGGGCUUGGGGGUCCUUCCGCUCAGCCUUCCCUCCCGCCUCUCAGUUCCUCAAAAGCCCAUCCGCUGUCAAGAUGAUGAACCGGUUCAGCCUCCGAGACCACCUGGAGGAAGGAUCAGCAGCCGCCAACCCCAUCAUCAAGGAGCUGUGCCUGAAGGGGCUUGGCAGCUUUGUCUUCCAGCCGGCAAAGGUGAGGGGGGCCCCCAGGAAGCAGCUGGAGCUUGGAGGGCCCCAGGGGCUGAAGAGCGGCCUCAUGCUCUGCCCCCACAACAGGGCUUCCAUUUGGGCCCCUCGUGCUCAGCUCAGGUGAGGCUCCCUCUGGGACACAGCCUCCUGGAGGGAGGGAGGGAGGGAGGGAGGGGGAGGUAGCCUCUUCCAAGAGGGGUGGCCAAGCAGUUCCAGCCCCUUUGCCCCUAACCCCCAGGCCAAAGGGCCGAAGGGAGAUCCUGAACAAGCACCAGGGAGAAGGAGCAGCCAGUGUCCUGCCAGCCUCUUGCCAGUGCAGCUGCAGCAGACUCUGGGGGCAUGGGGGGGUUCAGCUUUUAGCCAGGAAAACCCUCUCAGAUCAGGAGUCUUUGCUUUCUGCCUCACCCGGCCCCUGGAGGGUGGGGGUCUCCCUGCCUUCGCUCUCUCUCCUCCCUACCCGCAUCUUGGUGCUCUGCCAAGGCAAUAAAUACUUCUGGUCAGGACAAAGCUGGGGUGGGAGAGGAAGCCGUUGGGAGGCUGUCUGAGCAAGGGGGGUGCUUGACACCCCUCACAGAUGUGGCUGGUGUGAGUGGCGGAUGCUGAGCCCCCCCCCGACCCUCCACCCUCUCCCCCCCCCAGGUCAAGGUUCUCCGUGAGGAGCUGCCCACCCUGAUUGGCUCCGUCUUCAGUGGCCACGAACAAGACAUCCUGCAGGGUCUGCAGGACAUCACGACUGCCAUCUACGAGAUGGACGGCCAGAGGAUCGGGCCCCUCUGCAUGGACCUGGCCCUUAACGUGCGCUCCUUUUUGAAGAUGUGAGUGGGGACGUUUGGGGAAGGAGGAUGUUUGCAAAGGCGCAAGGCCAGGCAGCCAGCGCCUUGAGGGUCAGCGUCAGCCAUGAGGGCCCCUGGCCUCCAGGGAGGGGGUGGGCCUGCCUCUUCUCCUCUGGCCACUGGCCUUUGCUGCUGCUUAGACACCCAGGUGAGGGCAGAGAAGGGAGCCUGGAGGCAGAGAUGCUUUCCCUGAGUGCCUGGACAGGUUCAAAUCUUUUGAGAAAUGUUGUUUUCACUAAUAUCUUCAUUUUUGUGCACACUUUUGCCCAAAGUAUGCAUUUUGAAAACAUUGGUUGGAGAAUUGCAUCACAUAAUUUGAAUAUAUGUGAACUUCAAAGGAUGGUUCUGUUCUCACAUUGCUUUAGAAAGUGUGGAUUUCAUAGAAUCAUAGAAUCAUAGAGUUGGAAGAGACCACAAGGGCCAUCGAGUCCAACCCCCUGCCAAGCAGGAAACACCAUCAGAGCACUCCUGACAUAUGGCUGUCAAGACUCUGCUUAAAGACCUCCAAAGAAGGAUACUCCACCACACUCCUUGGCAGCAAAUUCCACUGUCGAACAGCUCUUACUGUCAGGAAGUUCUUCCUAAUGUUUAGGUGGAAUCUUCUUUCUUGUAGUUUGGAUCCAUUGCUCCGUGUCCGCUUCUCUGGAGCAGCAGAAAACAACCUUUCUCCCUCCUCUAUGUGACAUCCUUUUAUAUAUUUGAACAUGGCUAUCAUAUCACCCCUUAACCUCCUCUUCUCCAGGCUAAACAUGCCCAGCUCCCUUAGCCGUUCCUCAUAAGGCAUCGUUUCCAGGCCUUUGACCAUUUUGGUUGCCCUCCUCUGGACACAUUCCAGUUUGUCAAUGUCCUUCUUGAACUGUGGUGCCCAGAACUGGACACAGUACUCCAGGUGAGGUCUGACCAGAGCAGAAUACAGUGGCACUAUUACUUCCCUUGAUCUAGAUGCUAUACUCCUAUUGAUGCAGCCCAGAAUUGCAUUGGCUUUUUAGCUGCCGCGUCACACUGUUGGCUCAUGUCAAGUUUGUGGUCAACCAAGACUCCUAGAUCCUUUUCACAUGUACUGCUCUCAAGCCAGGUGUCCCCCAUCUUGUAUUUGUGCCUCUCAUUUUUUUGCCCAAGUGCAAUACUUUACAUUUCUCCCUGUUAAAAUUCAUCUUGUUUGUUUUGGCCCAGUUCUCUAAUCUGUCAAGGUCGUUUUGAAGUGUGAUCCUGUCCUCUGGGGUGUUAGCCACCCUCCCAAUUUGGUGUCAUCUGCAAAUUUGAUCAGGAUGCCCUUGAGUCCAUCAUCCAAGUCAUUGAUAAAGAUGUUGAAUAAGACCGGGCCCAAGACAGAACCCUGUGGCACCCCACUAGUCACUCUUCUCCAGGAUGAAGAGGAACCAUUGAUGAGCACCCUUUGGGUUCGGUCAGUCAGCCAGUUACAAAUCCACUGAGUGGUAGCAUAGUCAAGACCACAUUUUAACAGCUUCUUUACAAGAAUAUCAUGAGGCACCUUGUCAAAUGCCUUGCUGAAAUCAAGGUAGGCUACAUCCACUGCGUUCCCUUCAUCUACCAGGCUUGUAAUUCUGUCAAAAACGAGAUCAGGUUAGUCUGACAUGACUUAUUUUUCAGAAAUCCAUGCUGACUAUUGGUGAUCACAGCAUUCCUUUCUAGGUGCUCACAGACUGUUUGCUUAAUGAUCUGCUCCAGAAUCUUCCCUGGUAUUGAUGUCAGACUGACUGGGCGGUAAUUAUUUGGGUCCUCUCUUUUCCCUUUUUGAAAAUAGGGACAACAUUUGCCCUCCUCCAGUCUGCCGGGACUUCGCCUGUUCUCCAGGAAUUCUCAAAGAUGACUGCCAGUGGUUCUGAGAUCACAUCUGCCAGUUCUUUUAAUACUCUUGGAUGCAGUUCAUCUGGCCCUGGAGACUUGAAUACAUCUAAACUAGCCAAGUAUUCUUGUACUAUCUCCUUAGUUAUUCUGGGCUGUGUUUCCUUUGCUGAAUCAUUUGCUCCAAAUUCUUCAGGUCGGGCAUUGUUUUCUUUAUCGGAGAAGAUUGAGGCAAAGAAGGCAUUGAGGAGUUCAGCUCUUUCUGUGUCCCCUGUUUGCAUUUCACCAUCUUCUCCUCUGAGUGACCCCACUGUUUCUUUGUUCUUCCUUUUGCUACGGACAUACCCAUAAAAGCCUUUUUGUUGCUUUUAACCUCUCUAGCAAGCCUGAGUUCAUUCUGUGCUUUAGCUUUUCUGACUUUGUGUCUACACGUGCUGGCUAUUUGUUUGAAUUCCUCUUUGGUGGUUUCCCCCUUUUCCAUUUUUGUACACAUCCUUUUUAAUCUUAACUCAGUUAAAAGUUCUUUAGAUAGCCACCCUGGCUUCUUUAGGCACCUUCCAUGUUUCCGUCUCAUUGGUAUUGCCUGACGUUGUGCUUUUAGUAUCUCCCUCUUAACAAACUCCCAGCCAUCAUGAACUCCCUUUCCUUUUAGUAUUACUGUCCAUGGGAUCUCACCCAGCACUUCCCUAAGUUUUAUGAAGUCAGCUUUCUUAAAGUCAAGAAAUUGAGUCCUAGUAUGCUUGGCUGCUCCUUUCCGCUGUAUAGUAAACUUCAGAAGAGCAUGAUCACUCGCGCCUAAUGAUCCUUCCACUUCUACCCCACUAACCAGGUCAUCAACAUUGGUUAGGACCAGAUCUAAAAUGGCUGUUCCUCUUGUUGCUUCUCCCACUUUCUGGACAAUGAAGUUGUCUGCAAGGCCAGUGAGAAAUCUGUUUGACCUUAUGCUCUUGGCUGAGUUUGACAUCCAACAAAUAUCCGGGUAAUUGAAGUCCCCCAUUACUACUAUCUCCCUUCCUUUUGCAUGCUUGGCCAUCUGUUCCAGGAAGGCAUCAUCUAUGUCCUCCGUUUGGCUUGGGGAUCUAUAGUAAACUCCCACAAUGAGGUCACUGUUAUUCUUCUCUCCCUUAAUUUUGACCCAGAUGCUCUCACUUUGGCUUUGAGGUUCUAAAUCUUGGAUCUCUUCACAGGUAUACACAUCCCUGACAUAUAACGCCACUCCUCCUCCUUUCUUGUCUGGUCUGUUUCUCUGAAAUAGAUUGUAUCCCCCCAUUAUUACAUUCCAAUCGUGGGACUUAUCCCACCAGGUUUCAGUGAUGCCUAUUAUGUCAUAUUUAGUUUGCUGUACCAAGAGCUCCAGCUCAUCUUGUUUAUUUCCCAUGCUUUGCGCAUUAGUGUACAGACACUGAAGUCCAUUAAUCAUCCCCGUGACUCUUAUUUAAGGAUUUUUCCUCCCACCACUAGGUCUGUGUGCUGUUUGCUCCAUUUGGUCUAUGACAUUUGGAUGAUCAUCUUCAUCAAUUGAUAGACUCCUACCUUCAGGAGCACUGUCUCCCUCCCCACAUUAGUCAGUUUAAAGCCCUCCUGAUGAGGUUUCUGAGAUUUUUGGCAAAAACAUUUCUCCCAACCGUUGUGAGGUGCAGCCCAUCGCUUGCCAGAAGUCCAUCUUCAAGAAACUGCAGUCCGUGAUCUAAGAAUCCAAACCGUUCCUGUUUACACCAUUUGCGAAGCCAGCUGUUCACUUCCAGUAUUUUCCCCUCUCUCCCUGGGCCAUGUCGUUCAACUGAGGAAGCUGCCUGACUCCUCUUUCCACUCCACCUUUAAGAAGAGACUGUUCAGAGGGGGUCUCGGAGGCCAUUGCGUUGCCAGUGGAAAGGACGGAGUAGGAGGAGGCGUAAACUGGGCCACUUCCGGGACUCUCUCAGCUGUUGCCACGAUGCCCUUCAAUGCAGGGAGCAAGGAGCAGCUCUUUUUCUCCUCCUCUGCAAGCCCUUUUCUUUUCUGUUAAUAUGCAUGGAGACCCCUCCCCUCCAACAAUGCCUCUAUACCCCAAAAAACUUCCUGCCUCUCUAGGAAGCGGAGCUCAUUGACCCAGAGGGAGGGGGAGUGUUUGAUUGAUUUGGCUUCAGGUGCAAGCCAAAAUGCGUUUCUCCUCCACCCCGAUCCCAGUGGCCACCGGUUAAACAGCGCUGGAGAAGGCACAGUGCCCCCAAGAGCUGGGGGGCGAGAAGCACCUGUCACCCGGUGCCCCCCCCCCCCGUACCCACCUUCCUGCAUCUCCACCCUGUGUUGCGCAGCUGUCCUGGCCCUGACCGGGGUGCCUCUUGUCCGCCAUGGUGUGCCCCCGCCCAGGAGCGAGGCCCCGUCCGUGCAGCAUCCAUCUCCCUGUUUGGGCAGCUGGUGAUGAAGGCCAAAGAAGCAGACAAGCCUCUCCUGAGGAAGGAAGUCCUCUACAGCCUCCUUUCUCUGCUGCUCCACCUGAAGGACCGAGACGGCACAGUAGCCAUGGCAAGUAGCCUCAGUGCCCCGAGGGAGGGAGCCCAGCCCUUUCCUCAGAUCCGCAGGCCCAGCACACUGGCAAGGCCAGCGCUCUGGGGUCAUGGACACCUGCUUUACAUGCAGAAGAUGCUUUGCCUGGCAGCAUCUGCAGGGAAGGCUGAGCAAGACCCCUGCCUGGAGCCAGGAGAGCCAUUGCUGCCAGUCAGUGUGGGCAGCACUGAGCUAGGCAGACUUGAUAGUCUGACUCACCGAAAGGCAGCUUUGGGAAACUGCUCCUUACAUCGUGAGCGGUGGAGGACUGAUUGACACUCGUCAUUUAAUAAUGCAUUAUUAAAAUAUGACACCAGAGGGCGAUGCAGAGCAGCAAGCCUCUGACAAUGGGAAACUCCUUUUUAAAAAAUUAUUAACAUAUAAAACACAUACAUAUACAUUUACACAAUACACAUACACAACACACUACCUUAUUUUCAUAACAUAAAACAUACCUACAUUACUCUAUAUACUACCUACCUAUACUGUACAUAUCAUCAUACCUACACACCUCAUGGACACCUACCAAGUGACUUGACUUCCAGCCAUUCUUGUUACACUACUUUAUUUUUCCAUCUAGCUUAAACACAUUUCAUUAUUUCUUUAAUCUCUUCUUCUAUCUUGACUUUACUCUCCUUUCACUCUAAUCAUUUUCUGGAUUUACUCAAUAUCUGUCAGAUAUUCGUGACAAUGGGAAACUCCUAUUAAGCUUUAUAGAACGUUUUAAUUUAAGACGUUUAGAGCAUCAAUGUAGAUCCAGCUGGAAUCUCCCUUUGGGUUGAGGGAAAUGGGCACCACUCCACAGGGCAGCCCCCACCCAGAGGGUCCCAGACUCAAUCCCUGCUGCUUCCCAGCAUUUUCUGCUAAGGCCACUACCUGAAACCUCGGAGAGAGCUGCUGGUCCGUGCGGACAGUCCUGGGCUGGUGACUUGGCCAUGGUGAGCUAGCGCUCUUUCUUCCUAGCAGCUCUCCUGACCAAGCAGCCUGAAUCUGGGCAGCCAACAGGGAGGGGAGCAGAGAGGGAAGGAGAUACCGGCUGCUGGCAAAGUGGGGGGAGCCGUCCUCUGAAGCAUCUCUUUGGAUCAAGUGCAGCUGCCUCUCCUCCUCCCUGGGUGACCCCCCUGGCUUUCCCUCUGCUUGCAGAGCUGCAAAUUGACCCUCCUGCACUGCGGGGUCUUCCUCGGGUGGGCCCACCUGAAGCUGAUGUUCCGGAGCCUGGCCUGGGAUGACUCCCGGAACUGCGUGGUGAAUGUGUGGAAAUACCUGGUCAGUGGGGCACCGAGUCUGAGGUUUGGUUUUUCAGAGAUAGAUACAAAAUUAUUGGCAUUCAUGUGUCUCCAUGCCCCCAUCUGACCACAUUUUCUCAUCCUCCAUAAUGACCCCCAUCAUGCUCAGCAGCCCCUCUCAGCUUCCCAGCCUUUUUUAUUUCCUCCCUGUCGAUGUCUCUGAAGCUGCCCCCAGUGCAGCCGCAUCCUUGAAUUGGCCUCCAGAGCCACAGUCUUCUGCUGCUGUGAGCGAAGGAGAUGCACAGCUUUGGGGCUGGAGGGCAGCUGCUCUUUUUCUUGCAGAGGACACACACAGAAGAGAAAAAAGAUCCUUCCCUUCCCACAGGUGCUCCCACCAAGAAAACAGGAGGUUUCCAGAUUAAGAGCUUGGCAAGAUGUGCUGUUGAGCAUAGGAACCAAUUCCUAAGGGGUGAGGGGUCUUUGCCCCCCCCCCGAAACUAUUUGAGGGGGCUGGGCCUUCCCAAAGUUAAUGGGCAUUGCCAUUCAAAUGGUUUGGGUGCACCAUGUCAUGUGGUUGAUUAUGCAGGGCUGGACUUUCCUGCCCCCCACCCAUAUUUUAUUGAGGUUGGCACCCCUGCUGUCAGAUGUGGCUCUGCCCAUCAUUUAUCUGUUUGAUUUCCAAGCUGCCCCUCUUCAUUUAUGAGAACAGGGCCUUCUCUGCAGUGGCUCCCCGUCUGUGGAAUGCUCUCCCCAGGAAAGUUCGCCUGGUGCCUUCAUUAUACACCUUUAGGCUCCAGGCAAAAGUGUUCCUUUUUAACCAGGCCUUUGGUUGAAUUGAUUGACAUCCUAUGCCCUUUUAAAAUGUGGCUGUUUUUGGAGGGUUGUUAUUGGGUUGUUUUUAUUUUAAUUAUAUAUAUUGUGGUUUUUAUGUUGAUCUUUUAUGUGAACUGCCCUGAGACCUCCGGGUAUAGGGUGGUAUAUAAAUUCUCAUCAUCAUCAUCCCAGGACACUUGGACCAGGCAGGCAACUGGGAACGGGGAGCCUCUGGCCCCAGCAAGGAGGGGGGGGGUUGAGUCCAGAUUAGGAGGCCAAUUCAAGGACACAGCCACACCAGAGCUUCUCUGGCACAGAUUUUGGGACUGGUGUGGGGGACCGCUGGCCCUCGAGAUCUGCUGAGCUACAAUUCCCAUCCUCCCUGGUGUUGGCCAUGUUUGGUGGGGCUGAUGGGAGUUGUAGUUCAGCAACAUCUGCAGGGCCAGGGCUUCCCUUGGGUGAUGCGUUAGGCCCAGCCCUGCCUCUCACCAGGGAGAGAAAAGAGCUGCUUGCUUGGGAGUCUCUGCUUCCCCAGGCCCUGCAAAUGGCCGGCCAGUCUCCCUGAAGGUGCACCUGGCUGCUGGGGCUGCAGCACCAAGGGGCCGCGGUCCUGAAAAGGCCCUUGUUGUGUUUCCGCCUUGGUUGCACUGCUUGCUUAAGGAGCAGCAAAGGCUUGUCAAUAAUCAUUCUUUAUUAAAUGUAUAUAUCCCCCUUUGCCCGCGGAUCAGAGGGCAGGUUAACCUGCCUGUAGGAACAGACUCAAAAUCGAGGAGGAAUCAAAGCAGCCUCUGCAAUCCAUGCCAGCCUUUUCUGUCUCUGCAGAUGAGGAACCACCACGAUGACAUCCACGUUUUUAUAUCCCAGGCCUUGGGAUACCUCCAUCACCCCCAGGUAGAAAUAAGUCAUGCAGCCGCCCGAUUCACAGGUGAGCAGAGAGCAAUGCUCCUCUCCCCUACAGGGAAAUAGGCCUACUCUGAGUUAGCACUUCUGCCAAUGCAGCUGGAGGCCCAAGUGCCCCCAUAAACCUUCACUAUUUGACAUUAUUUUGUGGCUGAAGAAAGGGAGCACAAUGCAGUGUGCUGGACUCCCUGCAGGAUGUGUGGUGAUGCAUCCCUGGGGGUGACAGCCCAGCCAGUAAGAAGGAGCCCAGGAGACAGGCAGUGGGUGGGCUCUUGCCUUCACCCCCACCGGGGGGGGGGGGGAGCAGAAUCAGGGCCACCGGGAGCCUCAGGCCUCCUGACAUUGCCUCACCUCCACUGACAUGGCCUCCCCUCUUUCUGAGACCCCUUUCCCAAUGUUUAUUGCCUUAAUCUGUGAAUGAGACGCACAAGGAUGAAUAAGCCUUUGCAUUUGAAAUGGUGCCUUCAGACUUGGGUGCGGGUUUGGGCUUGUAGAUCUCUCCGCUUGCAAACCAGCAGAGUCUUGAGCAGUCCUUGGGGAAGCAGCCCAAACUGCCUCGUGUUCCUCUUUGUGUAGGUCACACUCUCAACUACUACAGCUCUGAGCUUUCAAAAAACCUUGAGCAGGAGGACAUUGUCUACCUGAACAAAGGUAAGGGGGGAGGGGUGCCCUUCCGCUUUGCGCACUUUGGGGAGGAAGACCUUCUGGUGCAGGCCCAGAGCUACAGAGGCAAUGCCCGCCCCCUCCACCAGGCAUGAAACAACCCAUCGCUUCAGGCGUCUUGCGGAGGCCUCUUUCUUGUGUGUCCCGCCUCUCCCUGACCCGUCAGAUUUGACCCUGUUGUUCCUGCAGUCCAGCUUCUCUCUGCUUUUAUAGUCAUGUUUCACUGGUUGGUAUGACGUUGUGUUUCUGCUUUAUUAUCUUUAUCUUGUAUUUUUUCAUGUGAUUGAGGGACUUUUAAAAGUCAAACGACUUAGAAAUGCCUUAGACGUUGUUGGGCUCACAGCUCCCAUCCUCUGGGCCAGAGGAUGGUGGGGCUGCAGGGCAGCAGCAUCUGAUGCCCCCCACCCCGUCUCCAUCUCCAGGGAAGGAAAGCCCCUGUAGCUGGUUUGGGGUUAGACGGCCAGGACUCUGCCUCCUGCCCCAAAGAGCCAGACGGGGCAACCACAGAACCCGAGUCCCUCUGGCCACCUCAGUAGCAGCUGAGAGUCAGGAUGGGCCCCUCAAUGCCUAGCCCCAUGGAUCCGCUGUGAAAGCUCCACUGGAGGGAGGCAGUGGAGGAUCAAGCAGCCUCUGCCUCCCUGUGCAACCCAGAGGCCACCGUGAGGGUUGUGGAAGGAGUUCUCCGGUGGCUGGUGCUGCUCCUGCUCCCAGGACUGUGUCCAGAGCGAGGGCUUUGUGAGGCUGACCUUCUCCAUGGGUUUCUAUAGGACUGCAAUCCUAGCCAGGGUGAGCAACAUCACCGUGAUUGGUGGCAGCCAGGCCUUGUUGGAACCGCCUUGUGACCAGCACACCUGCUUUGCUCUAGUUUUCCAGGAGUUUGAGUCCAGCCCAGAUCCCAUCAUGGUGCACUUUGCAAAAACGUACCGGGUGGUUUUGCAGAAGCUGUCAGUGAAGCGGAGGUGAGCUGUGAGGCAGGCGGGUGGGUGGGUGCCCUCAAAGACACCUUGGCCAACAGAAUGGGGAGUGUUUGGGGGAAAGUGGAGACGUUAGUGGUGCCAAGGGAUGAGCAGGAUGUGUAGUGGGGGUGCCUGUGCAAGGGAGCAAGGGGGGCAGAUGAAUGGGUGCAAGGCCAGGGACACAAGGCCAGUGGAGGGAGGAGAGGGGCAGGGAGGAGCGAGGCUGACCAGGGCCACAGGACCAGCCGUCCGCAAGAAGCCAGAGGAUGGGAAAGGUGCCUGGAGAAGCAAAGACUGAAGUGCCAUCUACCCUUCCUCCCCUCCAGGCUGUCAGGUGCUGGAGAGAAGAGCACUCCAGAGACCAAGGGCAGCUCUGCAGGUGAGACACAGCCAGCUCAGGUUCAGCAACCUCUUCUGCGGGAUUCCAUCCCUCCUUGGCACAGUCACAGGCCUAGAAAGAACCCAGACUCACCCCUCCUCCCUUUGUAACAGCCCUGGUUGCUUCUUUGCAGGAUAGUGACCACCAGGUGUUUUUUUUUCGUUUUUUUAAAAAUAAUAUUAAAGUUUCAAAGGGGGAAAAAAAAUCACAUUAAUAAAAAAAAUUAACAAUAAAAAGGAAAAAUACAAAGUAGAAAAAAAAGAAAAAACAGUUAAAAGCAAUUCCAUCUUUUCCUCACUUCUUUUACGUUUACUUAUUUCCCGGACCUCCUCAUACCUCCCUCUUUUGUAUUCCAAUUCAAUUUGUUAAUCCAACAAUUCCUUUCCCUCCUUUUUAAUCCUAAUCCUUAGUCUUGAUAUAUUGUAACGUUAGAUUUUUACAUAUUAAAAACCAAUUUUUCCAUAUUCUUUUGUACCUAUACAGCUAGAAACCACUUAACUUCAAUCCAACAUCAUUCUAACAUUCAUUAAUUUUACAAUAUUUCUGUAAAUAGUCUUUAAAUUUCUUCCAAUCUUCUUCCACCGACUCUUCUCCCUGGUCACGGAUUCUGCCAGUCAUUUCUGCCAAUUCCAUAUAGUCCAUUAAUUUCAUCUGCCAUUCCUCCAGUGUGGGUAAAUCUUGUGUCUUCCAAUGCUUUGCAGUGAGUAUUCUUGCUGCUGUUGUAGCAUACAUAAAGAAAGUUCUGUCCUUUUUUAACACCGAUUGGCCGACCAUGCCCAGGAGAAAGGCCUCUGGUUUCUUAGGGAAGGUAUAUUUAAAUACCUUUUUUAGUUCAUUAUAUAUCAUCUCCCAGAAAGCCUUAAUCUUUGGACACGUCCACCAAAGGUGAAAAAAUGUACCUUCAGUUUCUUUACAUUUCCAACAUUUAUUAUCAGGUACAUGAUAGAUUUUUGCAAGCUUGACUGGGGUUAUGUACCACCUGUAUAUCAUUUUCAUAAUAUUUUCUCUUAAGGCAUUACAUGCCGUAAAUUUCAUACCUGUGGUCCACAACUGUUCCCAGUCAGCAAACAUAAUAUUAUGGCCAACAUCUUGUGCCCGUGACCACCAGGUUUUCAAGAGGGCAAGAGGCUUCUGCGGAGUAGGUGGAUUGGGCCCAGACCCAAGUCCUGCUCUGCUCACCAUCACCUGGGGGGGGGGGUCUCCCUAAUGAGGCAAUGUGGGAGUGGCUGCCUGGCUGGGGGAAAGCUGAGCUGCUGUGUGGCUAGAAGUGCUGGGAAGUGGGCAGGCUGAGGUUAACCCCUUGGGUCUCUCUCACUCUCACACCCCAAAGGGAAACUGCUCAGCGAGUGUGACAGCAGAGCGCCCAGCCCAAUGUUGCUGCCACCAGAAUCGCCAACGCCACGCCCCCCACUGCUGGAAGGGACUGCAUUUCUGGGCUUGGAAAGUCCCAGGAGAGCCAAGCGCAGCAUCACCCAGCGAGGUAUUGCUGGGGGGGGGGUUGGGGGCUGGCUCAGACAUGCCUCAGCCUCCAGGGCUGGGAGGGCCAGAGGACAGUGUUCAAGUGGCCCUUGCUUGCUUUGGGUUCCAGUCUUCCUUACUCCUUCUCCCAGAACACAGGCUGGUCAAGGGGGCUCUUCAUGCCAAUGCUGCCCACUUUGCCCCAUUACAGGGAAGCAGCCCACCGAGUCCAGCCGAGGAGACCGAAGGCAUUCAGCUGAAGCCCCGGCUGGGAUCUCCACUCCUUCCAGAAGGACCACCAGUGGUGGGAGGAAGCAGAGCCCUCAGCAUGCAGGUGCCCACCUGAGCCAGGUGGACGGUCGACCAUAAAGGUAUCGCUUUAGGACAUUCUCUAGGCCAAGUGUGCUGGGCCUUCCCUGGACUGAUGACAUUGGGGCACCUGUGGGCAAAGAGCACCCAAAGGAGCCAUGCCAUGUCAGAGCAGAAUAAUAAUAAUAAUAAUAAUAAUAAUAAUAAUAAUAAUAAUAAUUUAUUUAUAUCCCACCCUCCCCAGCCGAAGCCGGGCUCAGAGCGGCUAACAACAGUAAAAAUGAUACAACAUUCUAAAAUCAUUUCAUUAUAAAAUCAAUUCAAAUCAGAUUAAUGGCAACCAUUGGGCUAGAGUUCUGUGAGGAUUGCCAAAGGAGGGGGUCAGGUGUGUCCUGGCCAAAGGCCUGGUGGAACAGCUCUGUCUUGCAGGCCCUACGGAAAGAUGUCAAAUCCCGCAGGGCCCUAGUCUCUUGUGACAGAGCGUUCCACCAGAUUGGGGCCACGGCCGAAAAGGCCCUGUCUCUGGUUGAGGCUAGCCUAACCUCCCUGUGGCCCGGGACCUCCAAGAUGUUUUUGUUUGAAGACCGUAAGGUCCUCCAUGGGACAUACCAGGAGAGGCGGUCCCAUUGGUACAAGGGUCCUAGGCCGUAUAGGGCUUUAAAGGUUAAAACCAGCAUCUGAGCAGAGCCAGCCCACCUUCCCUCCUUCUGCCAAGGAGUCUAGCCAAAGAAAUUAGCAGAAGGCUCUUCUAUUUAGAAAUGGGGAAUGCAGAAUAUUUCCAGUUGCAGCAGCUGACUGAAACAAAAAUGACUGAUAUUCAUUGCCCACCUGCUUCCCCCUUCAGCCUCAGCCCCUCUGAACAGACUGGAGCCCAUGUUUAACCUUUAGGUUUGCAACUGAUGGAGGGUGUCCAGCCAGUGCAUGACAGUCAAGGGCCUCAGGCAGGAGAAAAAGGCACAAGCUUUUCCCAGCGUCCCAAGCCGGGGUGUCGACCAUAUGGCCAAAGCACUUGGUCCGAAACUCCCAUCCCUUGAUGCAGCCCCAGUGCAUGCACACACCAGCCCUCUUUCAGCACCAUGGGGGGUGGGGGAGUGGCAGGGUAAAAAUAAUAAAGUUGUUGUAGUAGUACGCAGCCCAGGUCCUGACAUCUCUCUGCCUUUUUCAGGCUGCUUGCAAAUGCUGUGCUUGGAGGCACCUGCUGCAGAGGGGGGGCCCCCCACCUUGUGCACCAAGGACCCCCCCAAGGGCCCUGGCUGCUGCCGUCCGCAGGUGACAGCAGGGCUGCUCCAUGAUGCGCCGGAGUCAAGGCCAGGCUCCUGCCACUGCCCUUGGUCUAUUGUGACUUCAUGGACCCUCUUGGACUGUAGGCGCCCACCCAGCACCCUCACGUACCAGCUGGGUGACCGGCCGGGCCAGGCUCUGAAAGGAGCCCCUUCCCUUACGCCAGUCAGAGAAGGCUCAAAGGGCAGAGAAGUGGGACUUCUUACCAUGGACCUACAUCUUCCAUACUUGGGAAACGCCUUUGGAGCAGAACAGGGCUUUGCCAAUUCUGCACUGAGCCCUCAUGGAUCAAGCUGCUGUGGCAGAGCUGCCUCCUACUCCUCUGGAACGCAGGUCUCCUUCCCAGUGGCACCAGCAACCUCCCGCACGAAAGCACCACCACAGAGGGCUGCUGCAUUCACAGCUUGGGGGGGGAGCCUCCUGGGUGCAGUGGGCAGGAUGCGGGCAUCCCUCUCCCUGCACUGCUUCCCAGAGACCCUCCCGAAUCGCAAAAGGUAUGAGCCUCUGAAAACAAAUCUGGCAGGGAAUUCUUAA